AUGAGACUUCGUUCUAAGAGAAAGGAUUCAAACUCAUCAGGUACACAUGUUAUUCAGGAAGGAACAAAUUAUAACUUAUAUUUUAAAAUAAAUGCUAACAGAGCAGCAGAUUUGGUACAGAAGGCUGAUACAGAAAGUGUGAAUGAGUCCGGAACUGCUACAUCUUCAACAACAUCUAGUAGAAAAAAUGUAAACCCAGUUUUAGUGGCUGUACUUAAUAAUGUGAAGAAGAAAACGAAAAGAAGAGUUAACACUAGUCAGCCAUCAUGGGAUGCAACAUUACAGUUUCCACUAAAGAUGAGGGAUUAUUCUCAGGUAUUUAGUUUGACUGUAUGGGAUAAACAUAAAAGAUACAAAAACUACCUUGGGGAGUUGAGAUUGAACUUGAACGACAUUUUCUUCAAAGAUGGGAAGUUUCAGUCAAAGUCUGAUCUUAAGUGGUACAACCUAUACUCCAAUAAAGAGUACCAUAGUUUUGUUACCGGUUCAUUGUUAUUAUCGUUCGAAUUGGAAUUAAAAAAGCGGAAACAAAGAAAGUCGAAAAAGACGAAGGAGCAGGUACAAACCCCUUCGCAAACGCCAAAUCCUGAGACUACUCCUGAGCUCGAGACAUUAAAUGUUGAUAGUAGUUCUCCUGGAAUUGUUGUCAACGUAGUGCCCCCUUCCAGAAAAGCAAGUGGAAAUUUACAUAAAAAGGUAGACUCCCUAAGUCUUUCGGAUACCGAAACAGGGAUACCAAUAACAGUAGAAGAAAAUAAAGAAAAACAUUUCUUAGAGUGGAAGAGACUGUUGAUAUAUUCUGAUCCUGAUUCAAGUGUUACAAAACCUGAUGAGCAAGGUUUUUAUUCUGAUACCGGGGAAGUGCUUAGUUUACUGGCAGACUUGUCUGAUAUUGAAUCGAUCAGCUCUGCUGCUGUAUCAAAUCCAGAUGCCAGAGAAUCGGCUGAUCUGCAACACAGUCCUGUUUCAUCGUUGCGAAAUCAAAAGUUCUUGACUGUAGGAGCAGACGACCUUAGUUCAAUGUCUGAUGGCUCUAUAUUCUCGAGUGAUAGUGCUAUGAAUUAUGAAAGUGAUGCAUUAUCAAAUGAUAAUGCCGCCAAAGGGAUCCUGAAUUUAGGGAGCGAAUUAUCGAAAUCAAAAAGAAGUUUCGGUUUCAAAAGGUUAAAAAAGAAGAAAGAAAAGGAGCAAUUCAAUUUAAGCAAGAGAGCUGUCCUAGGUGUUUUAUUUCUUGAAAUUGUGUCUUGUUCCGAUUUACCUCCUAACAAGAGCUUUAAUCGUGCAACUUUUGACAUGGAUCCAUUUGUCGUAGUAACAUUUGGGAAGAAAACCUUCAGAAGUAGUUGGAAACGUCAUACAUUGAAUCCAAUAUUUAAUGAAAGAUUAGCAUUUGAAAUCUUGCCACAUGAGAGUAAUUUUAACAUUCAAUUUUUUGUUCUUGAUAAAGAUCAAUUUUCCUACAAUGAUAAUGUUGCCAAUCUCUCUUUAAGGAUGAAGGAUAUUACUAACAUGGCUACAGCACCUCCCGCUACAGCAUAUGAAAACAAACAUCUGUCUCCUUCUUCAUUUUCUUUAUUGCCCAAUGCCCUGGAUGCAGCCCUAUCUACAGGAGAGAAUGAUUCCCAAAAUUCAAGCAUUAGAAUACUUGAUGACGACAAUAUGGUACAUUCUGUUAGAAAGAAAAAAUUCACUAACAGAAAAAAAGUUACUGUUCUGCAUGCAGACACUUCAAGAUUUAAGACUAUGAACUUAACAUUAGAUCUACAUAAAUCGAAGAACUUAGGAAAGUACAAUCCUACAUUGAAGAUACGAGUUAGAUUUGAGCCAUAUGAAAGCUUGAGAAGACAAUUAUGGGGGAUUUUAUUAGAACAAUAUGAAUUGAAUGAAACUGAAGAUAAAUAUGACUUUAUCGAGUUAAUUUCAUUUUUGGAUACAUUAGGCUGCGAAAAUAGUGAUCAGAUCGUAAGCAAAUUUUUUGAUAAGUAUAAGAGACUGGCUUGGGGAGGCGAUUUAUUAUCAAUCAGUGAAAUUAUUGAUGCUCUUGAGGAUCAUGUUAAUUUUUCUACCGGGAUUGAUGAUAAACUCUUUGAUAUUGAAAAAUGUCCAUUGUGUUGCCAGAAACGAUUAUCUAAAAAGCAAGACUGUGAUAUAAUUACGCAUGUAGCAAUUUGUGCUUCAAAAGAUUGGAGUAUUGUCAAUAAGUUAUUAGUUUCAUCUUAUGUUACUCCACAAAUUGCUACUAAAAGAUGGUUUACAAAAGUUUUAAUCAAGCUUACUUAUGGAAAAUAUACAUUGGGUAGCAAUUCAGCAAAUAUCUUAGUUCAGGAUAGAACUACGGGUAUUAUUUUGGAAGAGAAAAUGGGAAUCUAUGUUCGGUUAGGUAUUCGAUUAUUAUACAAAGGUUUUGAUAAAGCCAAAACCAGACGAAUUAGACAAGUAUUGAAAAAAUUAAGCAUAAAGCAAGGAACUAAAUUUGAUUCACCACAACUGAAAAAUGAUAUUGAGUCUUUUGUUAAAUUUCAUAAAUUAGACUUAUCGCAAUGUCUCGAGCCGAACUUAGAUAAAUAUGAUACUUUCAAUGAGUUUUUCUAUAGAAAGUUGAAGCCAGAUGCUAGACCGAACGAAUCGCCUCAUGACAAUAGAGUUGUUGUUUCACCAGCAGAUUGUCGUUGUACAGCUUUUGCUACUGUUAAACAAGCAACAGAGGUUUGGGUUAAAGGGCGGAACUUUACGAUAGCCAAACUUUUCAACGGUAAUUUCAAUAACCUCCAAGAAACUGAUCUAUAUAAAGCUGACUGUUGUUCAUUAGGUAUCUUCAGACUAGCCCCACAAGAUUAUCACAGAUUUCAUUCGCCUGUUGAUGGUGUAAUAAAGAAUAUCAAAUAUAUCGAUGGGGAAUACUAUACGGUUAACCCUAUGGCUAUUCGAUCGGAACUAGAUGUCUUUGGAGAAAAUGUGCGUGCUAUUAUUCCCAUAGAAACUAAAGAAUUUGGUACUGUUAUUAUGGUUGCUGUUGGUGCAAUGAUGGUCGGGUCAAUUGUUCUUACAAAGAAUGAAAAUGAUGAAGUCAAAAGAGGAGAUGAAAUCGGUUACUUUAAAUUUGGUGGUUCAACUAUUCUUUUGUUAUUUAACAAUAAGGUGUUCAAAUUCGAUUCUGAUCUAGUUAAUAAUUCGAAUACAUCUGUAGAAACAUUGAUUCGUGUGGGUGAAAGUAUAGGCCAUGCACCAGAGAUUGAAGAGUAUAAGAGGGACCAUAUAGAUUUUGGUGCUCAAUCCAAGGAUUUCAAGUUGAAUUUGAUCAGAGCCCUUACUGGUGGCGACUUAAAUACUUCCAAAGAAUUAAGUAAUUGGGAGAGUACUCACACAAAUAUUGAAGAUUUAGUAGAUGUUGUUAAGGAGGAGGAUAUUGUUGAAGACGAAGAGGAUGACGACCUAGAAGAAGAAGGUCUGUUUUACAGUAAUGAAAGCGAUGCAUACGAUUUAUAG